ACCAUUCCCACCUCGCCUCCGCCUCCGCGCCGCUUCCCUCCUCUCUCCCCCCUAUCCACUCCCACCUAAAACCCUAGCUAGACCCCCUCAGCCAGCCAGCCACCCCAUGCUCCUCCUCCCCUGAGCGCCGCCCCCGCCCCUGCGCCCCUCGCAAUGGCGCUCCAGCUUCGCCGCCUCCUCCCGCACGGCUACGCCCACCGCGCCCUCACCCUCGCCACCAAGCCCCUGCCUCCGGCGCCGGCCAUGCUUCACUUUGGGCCUUCCCCGAGAUAUUCAUGCUCCUUCAUGCCUUAUUCCCCUUUGCGUCCUUGUCAAAUGUGCGGAGUCGCAGUACGGAAUAAUUCAACGAGGAAACUGUCUCUAAGAAAUAGCUCUCAGAUUGCCCUACAGCUCAGAAGUAGUGCCUUUUUGACUACUGGGCUCUCAGGUUACCACAGUUCUGUAAGUUCCAGGGCUGCAGCUAUCUGUGGAGUUGCUUUAAAGGCUACCAGUAGUGUUAAUUCACGACUCUUCUCGACUGCAUUUAGUAAAAAGUUAAGGUUUCUCAUUAGAAAUAAGAGCUCAUUUAGCAAUCCCAAUAUAACUAGGGAAGGUGGGAGUGCUGCCCAUAGUUACUUCCAUAGAUCUGAGAGACGUAAAAGCACACUAGCUGCGUGUAGCACCAUUGCUGAUGAGGCUUCCACAUCUACGAGCAAGUGCAGCGAGGGUGGUGCAGAUACUAAAAAGGACAUUGCGAAGAAGAAGAAUUCUAGAGGCAGCAAAAAAGAAGUUAGUGCAGAUGUGAAAGAAAAGAAAGUUUCUACCAAGAAAAAUAGCACUUCUGCUAAAACUAGUAAAACAGCAGCAAAGACAACCGAGAAAGCUAGUGUGAAGCAAGAAGAAAAGAAGGCCGACGCAUCUAAACCAAAGAAAGGGGUUGGUAGUUCCAAAGAGAAAAAAACAGUAACCAGAUCGAAGAAACCUUUGAAAGCAAAGGAAUCUGCUACUAUUGCAGCCGCUGAACCCAAGAAUUGCAUGAAGACCACUGUUGAUAGUUCUGGUAGCGAGAGGAGGCCACUUGUACCUCUUUACCCCCCGGUAGCUAAAUCAGUAGUUGUUGUUGAAUCAGCUACAAAAGCAAAAGUUAUUCAAAAAUACCUUGGGGACAUGUAUGAAGUAUUACCUAGCUAUGGUCAUGUGAGGGAUCUAGCUGGAAAGUCAAAAUCUGUCCGCCCUGAUGACGACUUCAGCAUGGUAUGGGAGGUGCCUACUGCUGCCUGGACACACCUUAAAAGCAUUAAAGUUGCAUUGAAAGGAGCAGAAAAUUUGAUUCUCGCUUCUGACCCUGACCGUGAAGGUGAAGCAAUUGCUUGGCACAUAAAGGAAAUGCUUGAACAACAGCAGGAUGUGUUGGGUUCCCAUGUUACUGUUGCAAGAGUUGUCUUCCAUGAAAUUACGGAGGAUGCUAUUAAAAACGCUUUAAUGUCUCCAAGACAUAUUGAUAUGGACUUAGUUAAUGCUUACCUUGCACGUCGUUCCCUUGAUUAUUUGAUUGGGUUUGGCAUAUCACCACUUUUGUGGAGGAAGUUGCCUGGUUGUCAGUCAGCUGGACGAGUCCAAUCUGCAGCUUUGGCUCUUGUAUGUGACCGGGAGGCUGAAAUAGAACAGUUUAGUCCGCAGGAAUAUUGGACUGUUGAUACCGAAUUCGAAACCCAGUGUUCGGAUUCUUCAAAAGGCCUAUGUCUUACAUCCCGGAUAAAGCUUCUCAAUUCAAAAAAGUUGGAUCAGCUUUCUAUAAGUUCUCAAGAAGAAGCACGAGCAAUAGAAAAGAGGAUUUAUUCGUGCCAAUUCGAAGUAAAAGGUGUUAAGAGAAGCAAAAUUUGCAAGAAUCCUCCAAUGCCAUAUAUAACAUCCAGCCUUCAGCAGGAUGCAGCAAACAAACUACAUUUUGGUGCAGGGCGGACCAUGAAGGUAGCCCAGAAGCUUUAUGAAGGGAUCAGUCUUUCGUCAGAACAAACAACGGGGUUAAUAACGUACCUUAGAACAGAUGGGUUUCAUAUUUCUGAUGGAGCCGCAGAAGAUAUUCGUUCGUUAGUGAAAGAAAGGUACGGAGAGCAGUAUGCACCAGAGGAUAUUAGGAAGUACUUGAAUAAGGUGAAAAAUGCUCAAGAGGCCCAUGAAGCCAUAAGGCCCACCAGCAUAAGGAGGUUGCCAUCAUCUUUGAUUGGAAUACUUGAUGAGGAUUCUUUGAAACUGUACACUCUAAUAUGGAGAAGAACAAUGGCUUGCCAAAUGGAAGCUUCAAGGACUGAGCUGAUUCAAGUUGACAUUGGUAAUCCUGAAGGAGACAUGAUUUUUCAUUCAUCUGCAUCAAGGCUUGACUUCAAGGGGUACCAAGCCGUCUAUGAGGACACUGAAGCAAGUGGGUCCAGUGAAAGCCCUGAAGGAGAAGCUGCACAUCAGGAUAAUUUCGAGGCCUUGUCCAAAUUAGAGAUGAAAGAUUUGGCGUCUCCCGUUAACGUGAAUCUUGGGCAGCACUUUACUAAACCUCCAUCCCGUUAUUCUGAGGGUGCAUUGAUUAAAAAGAUGGAGGAACUUGGAAUUGGAAGGCCUUCUACGUACGCCUCUAUAAUGAGGGUGUUGCAGGACCGGAAAUAUGUGACAAUAAAAAGUCGAGUUCUGCACCCUGAGUUUCGUGGUCGAAUGGUCUCAGCAUUUCUUUCACAUCUUUUCUCUGAGAUUGCCGAUUACAGCUUUACUGCUAACAUGGAGACGGAGCUAGACAAUGUCUCUGCUGGGUCAACUGAAUGGAAGGGCCUCCUGACAAAUUACUGGGAACGAUUCAGCAAAUACUGCACAGAUGCUAGUCAAUGGGAUGUUAGAAAGGUAGAGAGAAUGCUUGAAGAGAAAUUCCUUCCUACCCUCUUUCCUGACCUUGACACAGAUAGUAGGAUUUGCCCUAGUUGUUCUGAAGGAACCCUGAGAUUCAAAGUUAGUAGGUACGGCGAAGGCUAUUUUAUAGGCUGUGAUCGACAUCCGAAAUGCAAGUACAUCGCCCGCACAUUAUCAGAUGAAGAUGAUGAAAAUGAAACCUCCGAGGAAAAUCCUAAGUCUUUUGAACCUCGGCUACUUGGUGUCAAGCCUGAUACAAACGAAAAGGUCUUCUUAAAACAAGGUCCUUAUGGUUACUACAUCCAGGUCGGAGAGGAUAGGAAAGGAGUGUCCCAGAAAAGAGCUCCUAUUUCCGAGGUCAAAGAUGUUAACUCUAUCACCAUCGAAGAUGCAAUUGAGCUAUUGCAGUAUCCAAAAGUUCUGGGGAAACAUCCUGAUGAUGAGCAUCCGGUACUUAUGACACAUUCUAAAGCUGGAUUUAGCGUCCGGCACAGGAGAAGCCUUGCUCCAGUGCCAAAGACUCAGGACCCAAAGAAGGUUACACUUGAGCGUGCACUGAAGUAUCUGACGGGUAAAAAUGUCAAAAAGUUUGGACGGCCAAAGGGAAAAUCUAACAAAAAUGCAGAACCCAUUGAAUGGCAUUAAGCGAUCAGCUGUCACAGACGCAAUGUGGAAACUUGCACAGGCUCCGAAUAACAAAGGUCAAUGUCAAGCUCGUGCACAAAAUUCAGAGUGGAUCAGUGGUAAGAAUGAGCAGUCAGUGUUUAUUCAAGUGGUUAUGUAUGCCUAGCUGCUGCCAAUAAUUCCCGGCAAUGCUUUUUGAUGAUGAUGGGCCUCCAUGCGUGAAAGGACAGCUGGUCAACUCAUAAGCAUAUAAAACAUGUGCGCAGGUGCUCAUGUCUUUUGAGUUGUAUUUCUUGCUGGAUUUCUCCAUAAUCCCGCAUAAGAAAGAGAAAUGAUAUACACGCAGACGAGCAACAUCUCUCUGCCCUUCAUUCUUUUAUGGGUCACCGUCAACAGCUGUAUAGAAAACACAGAUGACGGGCAACUUACCACAACAUUAUAUACACCCAUAGUUUUUUUUUGCCACUUACAUUUUGUUUCUUUGCUAAUGUUGUCAUGAAAUUUUGCCAAUAAUGUAAAAUUUAAAGAGAGUUGUUGUGGCUUGGUUUAGAGGUCACUGAUUGUUGGUUCAUACUACCUGACUUGCAACGGAACUAGCAUAUUACUGGGCAACGUGGGAAUGGCAGCAGCAUUUGAUGCCAAUUGAUGACA